AUGGUCUUCUCGCUUUCAAAUCUUGAACAAAUUCUGAUAACAUUCCUUUACACUUUGAGUCUGUUUUCCCAUCUUUAUCUCUCCAAGACCUCCCGUGCACAAGUGCUGCCUCCGUUCAAACCCUCCUCCCUCGUCACAUUCUUGCGUCCCAACCCCCUUCUCUUCCCUGUCUCUGCAAUCCCUGAUCGCCUCCACAAACCCCCAGAACCGCUGUCUCGCACCAUGAACGUCGGCUCUGAACGCGGUAGAAAGAGGAAAGGCGAAUUCGAGAACAACAGCACUGAUCGGAAUUCCCAGCAGUCCGGGAGUGAAGGCGGUGACGACGAUGAUUUCCUCGCUCUUUCGCUGUCUUCUCGGCCCUUGAAACCUCGAAAGGAUUCUCUGCCUUCGCCGCCUCCUCCUCCUCCUCCUCCGCCAAAAGCUAGUCCCGAUGCACACUCGUUGCCAUCCAUGGUGAUGUACGAAUCUCCAGCGUUGGUUCACGAGCCGACUAUGGUGAUGUACAGUCCUCCGGUGAUGCUUCACGAGCCGUCCUUGGGGGCUGUGCUGUCGAAUACCCAUCAAGAAGCCCUACCACACGUGCUGUCGCACGGUGGCCGCCGAAAGCUUCCUCAGACAGUGAGGGAUGGCAAAAGCGAGACCGUCCCAGUGCCCUUCCCAUGGGCAACGAACCGACGGGCCACAGUGCACAGUAUGAACUAUCUCUUGUCGAACAGGAUCUUCACCAUCACUGGGGAGGUCCAGUGCAAGAAAUGCGAGAAGGUCUUUGAGAUUGAGUAUGACCUGCGAGGCAAGUUCCUCGAGGUCGGCAACUUCAUCGCACAGAACAAGGCAACGAUGCACGAUCGGGCUCCACAUGAGUGGAUGAGCCCGGUCCUCCCCAAAUGCAGGUUCUGCAACCAAGAGAACAGCGCGAAGCCUGUGAUCUCAGCCAAGAAGAAGAAGAUAAAUUGGCUCUUCUUGCUCCUAGGGCAGACGCUCGGGUGCCUGACGCUGAAGCAGCUGAAGUAUUUCUGUGCGCACACCAAGAUUCACCGGACAGGUGCGAAGGACCGGAUCUUGUAUUACACCUAUCUAGGGUUGUGUAAACAGCUUGAUCCCACUGGGCCAUUCGAUAUCAGCCGAUGA